AUGGAUGCCGUUAAUAUUUAUGGAAUUGCCGUUGGCGGCAUCCUGUUACUUCUCAUUGUAGCUCGUUUGGGACCCGCUCUCUGUGAUUUGGCCCGCGUACUCUCCAUUUUGGUGUCGAAAUAUCUCGUUUAUCCAUAUAUGCUGAAUCGUCAUCGAUGGUUCGGACCUUGGACCUGGGCAGGGAUCAUCAAAUGUCUAGUGUACGGCGCUUCAAACUGCGUUGUCGUCUUGUACAAUGUCCACACAUACGAGGAGGCUAGUACUCGGGCAGGCAGACUUGCUCUUGUCAAUAUGACAGUCCUAUUCAUGGUCCCUCACCUGAGUGUCCUAGCAGACAUCCUUGGAAUUCCCCUAGAAGCCUGCCAAUGGAUACACCGUGCAGCUGGGUGGAUGACUUGUGCUUUAGUGACGACUCAUGUGUUGACAAUUCAGCAAGAUGUCAACCCUAAACAAGAGGAGACCCUCUUUGCAAUUAUUGGCGCCGUAUCGUUAGCAAUGAUUAUUAUAUCUACUCUUCCUGUCCUCAAGAAGCGGAUCUAUGAAAUAUUCUUGCGAACUCAUCAAGCCCUUGCAGUCCUAUUCUUCUAUUCUAUUUGGCGGCACUUGUCCUCGGGUUCCGUCUUCCCACGACUGUAUAUCUACGUUCCGUUGUCUAUCCUCUGCUUGAUCACUGUCUACCAGGUUGGAAAGUUUCUAUACCAGAACAACUUCAUCUCAUCCCGGCCAAAGCCGCGUGCAACAAUUACCUGCAGACCGAUUCAGCUACCAAUCGCUGGGAACAAGGAAGGCUCCGGUAAGGAACUGGAAAACGAUACCGGGCGCAUCAUAAAGAUUCGUGUUACUCUGGGUAGGCCUCUUGGCAUUGGCGCCGUUACCUCUUGGUCAUCAGAGAAGCAGACCACGCUGGAAUUAUUUGUCCAGGUCCGUCGAGGAUUCACUGCCACUUUGCAACAACGCGCCGCUGCCAGUGGAUCCGCUUCGUUCUGUGCGUUCGUGAUGGGUCCGUUUGGGAUUAGCCACUCCUUAAGUCAGUAUGAGACCGUCGUUGCUGUGGCCAGCAAUGCUGGUAUUGCCGGCGUGGUUCCCUAUCUCAAACAGCUUCUCUAUAGCUACAACACAUUGACGGGUCAAAUCCGCCGUCUGCAUCUCGUGUGGGAAGUUGACACCCUAGAUAUGGUUGUUGAAGCGCAGCCUCUACUUAAUGAUCUUCUCAAAGACGACAGUCUUACCAACGGCUAUGGCACAGCAAAGAUCAAUAUCAGCCAAAUAUCCCUACCUUCCGAGUACAAACCGGACAAUGUGGAGAGGCUGCGGCGUAUCUUUGACAGUGAAGAUUGCGACCGAUUAUCAUUGCCAAAUCAUGUCGUGGCGACCAUCUCGAGGGAACACCUCAUGAGUGCCCUGAGUGGCAACGAGGUAAACGCCAACUCUUUGAUGAGUCAGCAGCCAGAUAGCUACGUCGCCCUCGAGUUUCCGAUUGGACAGGUGACGUGCCUGCACGGACAGCACCGUUUGAGAGCGGGAAGGGAGUUCUUGGCACCCUACGACCGGUGGUGGACAGUCGAUCUAUAUUUAGACGACAUCAGUCGGGAGCUUGAGACGGAAUUAACGGAUGAAUAUGCUAAUGAAGCGACACCGACCGAUGGCGAAGUGUAUCGCAAAGUCCGUCAGUAUCAGUACGAAGCCAGUGCUCGCUUCGAAGAGCGAUGGCUGUCUCGGCUAACAGAAAAUAAACAAAAGCGGAUGCGACAACUGUCACAGCGGGAAAAUAGUUCGAUCCGCUCGGCUUUUGACUCGUUGCUGCCAAUUCCGGGUCUCUGGAAUGGGAUGAGUAUUGGCAACCUUCCUCGGGUCAUUGCCGUGAAGUGUGAUGAGGAAAUUAUUCACUACCUCUGUUUUAUCAAGGACUUCUGGUCAUCACUAGUUGAACAUGACCGAUCUCGGAUGGAGAAGAUUGAUUGUAUGACUGUGGAGAAGCUCCAGCUUCUGGUUCCAGGAGGGUUAGACCGGACCAAACUUAAAGGCCUCGUGCUCAGUGGUGAAGCAUUCCCAAAAUUCAACCAGGCAGAACGCAAGUCUAUCUGGAGGGUUUUGCGCCGUCGCGGUGAGAUUGUCCCAUCGCUUCACACUUUUUUCAAGGACAUUUCUUACCUCGAGGUCACAUCGAGCUGCCUUGGACGAUUAGUCGACCUCGCGGCCAUGCGCAAGCGCACCAUGCGGUCCGCCAUGAAGCAGAUCUACAACCCCGCGAGACAUGGUCGCGGUCGCUAUCAAAUGCAAGUGUCCGAGACGGAAUUCCGAUCAUGUUCCGGGACGGUGGAAGAAGGCAGAGAGAGUGGAUAUCGACAACUCUGGCUCUUUGCCUUUCGACACUACCUCCAGAUGCCGAAAGCGCGUCAGAAAAAGAAGCGACAUGCCAAAACCAAGUUCCGAGAAGCCAACGAUGGAGUCGUGCACCGAAUGGCAUCCCUAGCCCUUCAGCUAGGAUUCGACUCACCGCAGAUCCGACGUCUCAUAGACGACUCGCCAGAUCGCCGGCUUGCGCUGGAAGCGCUUCUGAAGGCACGUGACCGUGAUCAGUAUCGUUACGAUUCUAUCGAUACGCUUGUCAAUCAGAUUGUAGCAUGUUUUAACGAGGCCGUUCCUGUCGAGAUUCGAGACCGUCGCGCCUCAGCUCCUUUUUCCACCAUCCCCAGACAGAGUCGAUGCGGGAAACCCAGCAUCGAGACUCACGAACAAGAGCAAAACUUUCUCUUCCUCGAUCAGAUGGAGAGCCAACCAUCGGAUGAGUCCGUUUCCGCACUCUAUGUGAGAAGAUGUGUAUAUUUCGCUUUCUUUGGUCGACCGUCUGAGACUCCACCAACCCCAAUUGACGAAGACCAUUCAACGCCCCAUAGCUCCCCUCAUCCCCCUCCGUCGCCGCUGUUCGUCCCUGAAGAAAUCAAUCCGUCAGACGACCACCAGAUAACGGGGACCUCGGAUCAUGUGAUCGACAGAACUGACACUCAGCGUCGGAAUAGUAGACGCGAGGAGCGGCGGGAACGGAGACAGCGGCGGCGGCAAGAGCGGGAGACUCGGCGACGGCAGAGAGAGUCUCGCCGUCAACGAAUGUCCAGUGGUGGACAUGAAGGCGGACCGGCCGCCAGACCCCAUUCUGUAGACCAAAACCAUGGGGAAUCAAGUCGCGGGUCUUCCGGAAAUAUCACGGAAGUGGAAAUCGACGCUGGGAAUGAGCAUGAAUCUACACAGCCGGAAGACACAGUAAUCGAGGAACUGAGAGGUAACGCACUCACCGCUAACCAGACGCCAGUUGACUCAUCGGUAGCGGAACCGAUUGAAAUCGAAGCCGCGCUUGAGAAAGAUUCUCAAGCGGCAGAUACUCUUGAUGAUAUAAUGGUGCCAGAGCUCGUUAUCGAUGAUACCGAGGACAAUUCCGGGCCACACGACUUCAUAGAAGCGAAUACACCAGGAGAGAUAGACGAAAAUGAGUCCCUAACUCGACAGGAGCCUGACCACCUUGGCGAACUGCCGUCAGGUCAUUUUAUAGAAGAUCGUCGAUCCGUUCUCAGUGCUUUAAACCAGCAUAGGGCUGUGCGACGACGAUCCCGACCCUUAGGACCCAAGCGGACGGUCAUAUCCAGACGACAGGCUGCAGCACAGACCCGCCUCGGCGGAAAGAACCGUCGUCUGACGCAAGUAAAUAUAAAACAGGGGCAUAAGCUCACCUCCCAUGCGGACCUUCCAAUCCAGAGUCCACUCGAAGAAGUUAUAGCGGAAGAGAGGGCUCAAACGCUUGCGCAGUUAGAAGAGGGUCCAGUCAUCUCAGAAUCGGUCGUUGCAGAUCAUGCUGAUCUUCCCCAAACGUCCCCCCCACCUUCUGUGCCAGAGUUCCUCGGUAGAGUGCGCGAGCCCGAAAGUCCAGUGGAGGAGAGUCAUGAGCCCACCAACAUUGGGGAAGACCCGCACGAGACAGAAAUAGAGGACCAUAAUGUGACUCCAGAGAUAAUCAUCCACGAGCCGUCUCCUGGGCAUAUUCCGGAACAUCCCACGGACAAUGCCAGGUCGAACACCCCCACAGAAGCAAAUACAUCACCGCGAGAAGUGGCUGACGGUGAGGCUCUAAUUCGACAAGAAGAUGACCGCCUUGCAGAACCUCCCUCCACACUCCGCUCAUCAAGACAGCAUAGGGCUGCUCGACGUUCCCGACUCUCAGGGCUUCCCUCCACACUCCGCUCAUCAAGACAGCACAGGGCUGCUCGACCUUCCCGACUCUUAGGGCUCAAUCGAUCGGCGAAAGCCAGACGACAGGCUGCACAAAGACAUCGCGGCGGAAAAGCCCAUCGUCUCACGCAAGUAGAUAUGAAACAAGGGCAUCAGUUCACUCCCGGUGCAAACCUUGGAGCUGAGAAACUGCCUCCAACCGAGGAUCUCACAGGGCAGAGCCCACCUGAAGCGGUGGUGGCGGAAGAGAGGGCACAAACAGUCGCCCAAUCAGCAGAGCCUCCAGCCGUCUCUGACUCGGCCGUUGCCGAUCCUGCCAAUCCUCCUCUGCCUUCGGUGCCAGAAUUGAUUGCUCGGUUGCGUGAGUCUGAAAGCCCGGUGGAAGGGAACCAGGGAGUUGAAAUUGGGAAUCCUCCACCCGAACCUCCUCAUGAAGACCUGCAAGCCGCAAGACCAGAAGUACUGACUGACGACAGAGAAUCCCGUCGAAAAGUUCCGAGAGACAAGAGAAUCGCCGAGGAAGCUCGACGUGGACGGGAAGCCAAGCAGCGGGCAGAAAAUACUCCGCGAGCAGCCCAGGAAUUCGAAAAUGACUUCACUCAGACUCAGAGCGGGGACGAUCUCUUCAAUGACAACAACAACGGUGAGAUCACUCCACUUGAAGGCAAUCAUGCUCCUCCUGCUGCUACUGGUGGAGGUGGAGCAAACCAGAGACUUCGAUCAACAAGCCCACCAAGCCCACCAAGCCAACCUCUGAAGGCUGGGCGAAAACAAUUUGCUCGGCCUGCUCGCCAGGGUCCGUAUCGGCGUCCAAUCGAAAAAGGCCAAGAAAAAGGCCAAGGAGACCGAGAUCGACCUCUCACGCAGAUCGAUAUGCAGCUGACGACUUCAGAUCAACCUACCAUUGCCCCGGGAGAUCCGCCACUGCCGGCCAUUCCUCUGACUGAGCCGGCGCCGAUCGAGAACCCGUCCAACGCGCUUCCAGUUCCCCCGCCUCCUAAUGGUAGUGUCGAACGCAGGAGGAAAGCCGCCAAUAAGAUUCGAGAACAGCGGCCACCCAUUGUUGCCAGUCCUCACGAGCCGUCCGAUGAUCUGGUCAUCUUCCGGGUCUGGACUGGGACUCGGUGGACGGAGCGGAAGAGAGUCGUUGCCGAUCCGUCUGAUCCCCUUCGCUGCGAGCGCGAAGCAAAACGCUUUGUAGAAGCAUAUCAUGCACAGCUCCGAGAUGCGCGACUGCGUAUGCUGAUGCCUUCACAAUGUCUUGAGUCGGCUCGACAGGAUGGCAGCCAGUCCGUGUUUCUGAUCUUUCCUGAAGACCGGACUGUCAACAAAGCCAUGGAACAGGCAGCGGCAGCGUUCAUAGGCUUCAGACGUCGUUAG